AUGCGAUCGGCUUUGGCUUCUGAAAAUGGUCUGAUUUCACUUGUGGAAUCUAAGGAGCUUGAUUCUACAGGAACAAAUGUUAUCCAUGCACUAUUCUUGUUCCCCAAAUGGGAGUUGAGUAGUGAUUUGAAGUAUGAUCGUGAGGCAUCACUGGAGGUAGCAGCUGGCGAUGGUGUGCGGUGUGGGGCUGGGCGUGGUUGCAUAGGACCAGUCAUGUACAAGCAUGGAGGAUGGCUUGCUCAGUGUACUAAGUAUGUUAGUCAAGCGGUGGAUGGUCCAAUCUUGGACCGGUUUGUAGAGGUGAAGUCUGCUCAUGAGGCUUGGGACCUUUUAAGGAAAGAAUGUCAAGGCACAUCCAAGGCCUUAUCCAUGAGGUCACAAGCUCUCAAGCAAGGUUUCGGGAUGUUACAAAUGGAAGACAACAAAGGCAUUCAAGACUACUAUUCUAGGGUCAUCACCACUCUGAACCAAAUCUGGGGACUCAGUCACAAGCUCAGAGAAGCGAAGGUGGUAUCUAAGAUACUAAGGAGUUUGGCUCCAAAGUUUGAUUUCGUUGUUGUUACAAUUGAAGAGUCCAAAGAGAUUUCUAAGCUCACACUUGAUGAGCCCAGUAGUUCAUUACAAGCUCAUGAGGUAAGGGUAAAUCAAGCUCUAGUGAAGAAUGGUGAGAAGGCCCUACAUGUGAAGGGUGAAUCUACAAGCACAACCUUCAGCAAGGGUGGUGGCUCUAAAAACCCCUGGGGUGAUGGAAGAGGCCCUGGAAGAUAG